AUGGGCUCGGGGCACGAGGGGACCAACGUGCUGAUGGCCAAGGGCAUGUCCUGCCUGACCUACACCUCCCUCUGCGUCCCUGAUGACAUCCAAGAGCGCGGGGUUGACUGCAUCCCCAAUUACUACUACAGGGAUGAUGGGCUGAAGAUUUGGUCGGCCAUUGAGAGCUUCGUCUCCGGCAUCGUCAGAUACUAUUACCACAGCGAUGCCCACGUCCUGGCCGACUGCGAGCUCCAGGCCUGGGCAGACGAGAUCUUUCGUGAAGGCUUCCUGGGGAAUGAGGCAUCUGGCUUCCCCUCGUCCCUGCAGAGCAUCCCCGAGCUCAUCAAGUACCUGACCAUGUGGAUCUACUGCUGCUCGGCCCGGCACGCCGCCCUCAACAACGGGCAGUAUGACCUUGGUGCCUGGAUGCCCAACUUCCCGUCCUCCAUGAGGAACCCCCCACCCCAGGCCAAGGGCACCACCUCCCUGGAGAGCUACCUGGACACCAUCCCGGAGGUCAACAGCACCAGCCUCGCUAUCUUCACCCUCUGGGUCAUCUGCUGCGAGCCGGCAGACUCGAGAUCCCUGGGCACGUAUCCCGAUGAGCACUUCACGGAGGAGGAGCCCAAGCGGCUGAUCACAGCCUUCCAGGGGCGCCUGGCCCAGAUCUCCCAGGUGAUCCAAGAGAGGAACAAAUCCCUGCCCAUCCCCUACCGCUACCUGGAUCCCCACCAAAUCGAGAACAGCACAUCUAUCUGAGCCCGACCAGCGAAACCCAGGGACGGGCCCCCUGAGGCCGCUGGCAACGCUGUCCCUGAGAUCCUGUCCCAGGAGCAAUAAA